CGUGACGUCACAUCCGCAGUUGGAAAAACGCUUCAACCCAUGGAGGAAGAUAAUAAUCCCCAAAUACUUGAAUAUGCUCACUCUGAGUUUAAAAUACAGCAUUUUAAACGGGCAGAAGAAAUGUACUCAAAGUUUAUCUCUUCCUGCUUACAGUCCAGGGAAUGUGAAGCCAGUGAUUUGGCCAUUGCUUAUAACAACCGCGGACAGAUAAAGUACCUCCGGGUGGAUUUUCAUGAAGCAGUGGAGGACUACACCUCCGCAAUACAGACUGACAGCCGGUUUGAAAUAGCUUUCUACAACAGAGGACUCAUCCACUAUAGACUAGGUUUUUUCGACCAUGCCAAGAGUGACUUCCAGCAAGCAUUAAAGCUCAAUCCAGAUUUUGAAGAUGCCAAAGUGAGUCUGCAACAGACACUUCUGGACCAGCAGCACAAGAUAAACAGGGGAUACUGACAGCUUCAUAAAUUAUAGAGUACAUAUUUUAUAUAUGUACUGUAUGAAAUCUGGUGACUAAAGAAAAUAUGUAUAUUCUGCCAAGUGUUGUCAUUUUACUUUAAUUUAUGCACAGCUGUCGUAUAACAAAUUAAGACGUCAUUAUUUGAUCUGAAAUUUAACACUUUGAUUAUUUUAAGAUAUCAGCAUGAAGAUAAACCGAGAAGAUAACCACACACAACAUAAAACAAUCUGCACCGGCAACGACACCAGUGAAACUCAAACUCUAGCUGCAAAAACAUCUGCAGUUUCAACACAUGAAAGGAAGAAGACAUCCCACUGGAUUAGUUACGAUGUACCGUAUAUGGAUUUUUGCUAAGCAGAGCAUUGACAAUUCCUUUUCUGCACUGACUCGAGACUCUUCCAGU